AUGGCUCCACCUAAUGAAAUCGCCGGCGAACAGAAACCAGACCCGACCAUUAAUUGGAUCGAGUUCCGUGACACUCUCCUCGCCUCUCAAGCAGCAAUGCAAAAUUCAAUUCGUGAAUUGAGUCAGACUUUGAUCCAACAUCUUGGUGCUGCAAAUCCCCGACCCGUAGCAGUGGCCGCAGCGCAUCGUCGUCAACAGGCUCCGCCGCCAGCAGCCGACGAUAAUCAACAACACCACCAACAGCUCAACCCAUUAGCCAUUGCCAAUCCAUAUCAACAGGAGGUUUUGCCGUUCAGACCACACGACCAUCGCCAGCAAGACACACGAUGGGAAGCCGGCUUUAAGGUAGAAAUUCCAGAAUUCCAUGGUGGAAUUAAAGGAGAUUCCCUCAUCGAUUGGCUCGUGACAGUAGAAGAAACAUUGGACUAUAAACGAGUCCCUGAUGAUCGCCGAAUUCCCUUAGUAGCUACUCGUUUCCGUGGUCAAGCCGCAUCAUGGUGGCAGCAGCUCAAAACAUCACGGGCGCGUUCUGGCAAGGAUCCGAUUCGCUCUUGGGAACAAUUGAAGAAAAAGCUAAAAGCAACAUUUCUUCCUCACAAUUAUGACAGAACCAUGUACACGCGUCUCCAAAAUCUCAAGCAAGGAUCACGCUCAGUUGACGAGUAUGCAGAGGAGUUCUACCUGCUCUUAACCCGCAACGAACUCUAUGACAGUCAAGUACAACUGGUCUCAAGGUUCAUCGGAGGAUUGCGUGCUCAAAUUCAGAAUUCUAUGUCUCAAUUUGACCCAGCAACAGUAGCUGAAGCUCAUCAACGAGCUUCCUCAUUUGAACAUCAGUUCCGUGUCUCACCUUGGAAUCAGAGUUCCACAUGGUCUCGCAACCCAGAACAGUCCAACCUACAAACCACGCAGCCAGCACGAGACAGUCCCGAGACUUCUACGACAACACAGCGAGGAACAAAUCAAGACGGCGAACAAGGACUGCGUCGUUCUGCUCGUGGUACCAGCUCAUUACGGUGCUACGCUUGUGGAGAAAAUGGUCACCGCCAAACCGCGUGCCCCAACCAAAAACAGCGGGGUUUACUAGUAGAUGAGGUGCAGGAAGACGAUGCAACGGAUGACGAAUUAGGAGAUGAUGAGGAGUCCCAAAACUCAGAGAUCCGCAAAACUCCGGGUGAUACGGGUCGUACUUUAGUGAGUUACACCACGUGUUUAACACCGGAGCAAAGGGAAAAGCAUUGGCUGCGCACCAACAUAUUUCGCUCCACUUGCACCAUCAAAGACCGCAUUUGCACGUUUGUCAUCGACUCGGGAAGCAGCCAUAAUCUCAUCUCAGAAUCAGCGGUACUUAAGUUGGGACUGGAAAUUGAAAAACACCCCUCUCCUUAUGCGCUCACAUGGUUUCAAGAUGGAGUAGCAGUACGGGUCUCACAUAGAUCCUAUGUCCCUUUCUCAGUGGGAGCAUUCUACAAGGACAGAAUGUACUUUGACUUAGCCCCAUUGGAUGUUUGUCACCUUAUCUUUGGACGACCAUGGGAGUAUGACCGCAAAAUUAUGCACGACGGGGUGAAAAACACAUAUCAGUUCAUUUGGGAGACACACCAAAUUUUGCUCUUACCGUCGCCGGACUGGCCGCUACUACCGCCGUCAGCUACCAAACCACCUCCGCAACACAAGACUUCUACGCUUUGCUCACAAGCAGUGUUUGAAAAGGAGUUUAAAAUGGAAGGAUUCGCUCUUGCCCUGCUCACACCGGCUUCACCAACGGCAUCGCAAGUAAUUUCACCGGAGUGGAGUUCAAUAGUUAAUGAAUUUGCGGACAUUUUUCCCGAGGAGCUCCCACAAAGUUUACCACCGCUGCGAGACAUUCAACACCACAUUGACCUCACCCCUGGAGCAACACUUCCUAAUCGCCCACACUAUCGCAUGAGCCCGCAAGAACAUGAGGAACUACGUAGGCAAGUCGAAGAUCUCUUGCGAAAAGGCCAUAUUCGCGAAAGCUUAAGUCCAUGUGCGGUACCAGCCCUCCUUAUUCCAAAAAAAGAUGGCACUUGGCGGAUGUGUGUCGAUAGUCGCGCUAUCAACAAGAUCACUGUACGGUACCGAUUUCCUAUCCCGAGACUAGAUGAUCUACUUGACCAGAUUGGCAAAGCAACUUUGUUUACCAAGCUUGACCUCAAGAGCGGCUACCAUCAAAUUCGUAUACGUCCUGGAGACGAGUGGAAGACGGCGUUCAAAACCCGGGAAGGGCUAUUCGAAUGGUUAGUAAUGCCGUUUGGCCUAUCCAAUGCUCCGAGCACAUUUAUGCGGGUGAUGAAUCAAGCACUCCGUCCGUUUAUCGGUAAAUUUGUGGUUAUCUAUUUUGAUGACAUCCUUAUCUUCAGCUCCUCGUUAGACGACCACAUUUCUCAUCUCCGAAAAGUUCUCACCAUCCUACGAGAAGAACAAUUGUUCGCUGCCCGCCAAAAGUGUGUGUUUGGAUCUACGGAGGUGCAGUUUCUGGGAUACAUAGUUUCCGAUAAGGGACUGUCAGUUGACAAUGCCAAAAUAGAAGCCAUACGCUCAUGGCCACUACCACGCACUGUCACGGAAGUUCGCAGCUUCCACGGCCUGGCCUCUUUUUAUCGGCGGUUUGUACAUCACUAUAGCAGUAUCAUGGCACCAAUCACAAGUUGCAUGACCAAGGGUAAAUUUGAGUGGACACCGGAGGCUACUACAGCGUUUGAUCUGAUCAAAACAAAGCUUACCACAGCACCCAUUCUCGUGUUACCAGACUUCUCGGUCAUGUUUGAACUACAUUGUGACGCUUCCAAGUUAGGCAUUGGUGCGGUGCUUAGUCAACAAGGCCGUCCGGUCGCCUAUUACAGUGAAAAAUUAAGCGGUGCACGCGGACGUUAUAGCACGUACGACGUCGAAUUCUAUGCGAUAGUACAAGCCAUCAAGCACUGGCGUCAUUACUUGGUCCAUCGCGACUUUGUCCUUUUCACGGACCAUGAUGCCUUACGUCACCUUGAUAGACAAGCCAAAGUUUCCACAAGACAUGCUUCCUGGAUCGCUUAUCUCCAGCAGUUCACGUUUUCGAUUAAACACAAGGCGGGAACGCUUAACCGGGUUGCCAAUGCCCUGAGCCGCCGCCAUACAUUGUUAGCCUCGACAUACACGAUGGUCCCUAGUUUCGCGUCCUUUGCUGACUUAUAUGAGUCGGAUGUCUACUUUGCAAAAGUUUUCAAGGACACAGAUUAA